GUGCUAAGUUUUUAAGUAGUUGUUUCAUUCCAACUCGGGGAUGAGGGAUCCUUUUUUAUUACUUAACUGAAGCAAGAUUUCUCUGGUUUAAUUUUUAAUUUUCAUAGUCCAAGAUUAUAACCCAUUGAUAAAAUAAAGAUGAGAUUCACCCUGCCAGUCAGACAAAUUGCCACAAAUCAAACCAUAGAAGCUUUAAAAAAAUCAAUUUCCAAAACUAUAGCAGAAGCCACACCGCACAUCCAAGCAGCAAAAGCAAACCAAGUAAAGAUUCUAAGUCAGAAGUUUAGUCAGUUUAAUGAUUGGUAUGUGAAAAUUACUGGUUUGGACAAAGUUAACUUGGCCCAAGAAAAGGUUAAUGCUCUACAGGAUCAGUUGCUAGAAAUUCAAGCAAAGCGCCGUGAUGUAAGUAGGCAGCUUACUACUAUUAGGGAGAAAUCAAUGGAGCUACAAGAUGAAAUUCAUAAAAUAAAAAGACAAGAUGAUCUGGAAAAAUAUUUAGAACUCAUGAAAAAGGAAACUGAGGUUCUAAAAUUAGAAAAAUCUAUCUCCAAAACAUUCCAAGACUACGACCAAACUGAGAGGGAAUUGUUCACGGCAUUUACUGAUUCCAUAAGGGAUUCACACGAAAAACAGAGAGCUCAAAUGGAGUAUACCAAAUACUUCGGUAUAAUCCUCAGUAUUACAGGUUCAUUUUUGGCAUUUGUUUAUACUACUUUAAGAAAACAGCAGCUUAAAGAGAUAAUAUCUGAGAGCUUGCAAACAGUACAUGUUCCAGCAAACUCGGGUUUUGCUUUGCAGUUGUUAGAAUCAAAUAAAAAACUUUCAGAAGAGAUCGCAACUAAUAGAAAAGAAUUCGAUAAAUUCAGUUCACAGAUUAAGCAAGAAGUUAGUAAGUUAUUAAACAGACCCAUAACAUAUACUAAUACCAUUCCUCUGCCUAUCAUGCAGCCGAGAGAGUCAAGUAAUUUCGAGGACGGCAGUUUAAUGGGUAUCAUUCAUGACACUCCUAAUGCUGUUAAAAUUGGUGCAAUAAUUUUAGGGUUAUGGGUAAUAUCAAGAGUAUUAUUUAAUUAACAUUUUAAUGUAAAUAAAAGUGAUAGAAAGGAA